UCGUUACGUAAUUACGCUGUUUGGCUUAUUUGCCAAAACAUUAUUUCGCUUGCGCCAUUUUCAGCAUUAGCAGUGAAGGACUUCGAAUGCAAUUUGAGGCGGCAUCAACACAAUUGGUGUUGCGGUUGGAGAUGCACUACAGCAAACGAAGUAGACGUCCAGACGAGGAUGAGAAGGAGUGGUAUUUCAGCAAGUGCCACAAACGAAAAAGAUCACAAAGCAGCGAUGAAGAAAAGGAACGCCAUAAAAAGAUCUCAUCAUCUGACAGCCACUACGUGGAGGACAAGUCCAUGUGUUCUAGAGGUCAGCAUGACAGACGAUAUGUAGAACUAAGAAAUAACUACAAGGGUGGACAUCAUGAACAUAGACACCACUACAGAUCCAGCAAGUCAUCUGGGCAAAGCAGCAGCAGCAGCAGCAGUCACAAAAAGAGACAUAAAAAGCCUCACCAUUCAAGCCGCACUUCACAUUUGAAGAGUCAUCGAAAGAAAAGAUCCAGAAGUGUAGAGGUUGAUGAGGAGGGUCAUCUGAUCUGUGAAAGUGGAGACGUACUAAGAGAAAGAUAUGAAAUUGUACAUGCUUUGGGAGAAGGAGCUUUUGGAAAAGUAUUGGAAUGUAUUGAUCAUUUAAGGGGUGGUGAGCGAGUAGCAGUAAAAAUCAUCAAAAAUGUGGAAAGAUAUCGGGAAGCUGCACAGUCUGAAAUACAAGUAUUGGAGCAUUUGAACAGAAAAGAUCCAAUAAACACUUUUCGAUGUGUUCAGAUGCUGGAGUGGUUUGAUCACCAUGGCCAUAUUUGCAUUGUUUUUGAACUUCUUGGACUAAGUACUUAUGAUUUUAUAAAAGAAAAUAGCUUCUUACCUUUUCCUUUGGAUCACAUAAGAAAUAUGGCAUAUCAGAUAUGUAAAUCUAUUAACUUUUUACAUCAAAACCAACUGACCCAUACAGAUCUGAAACCAGAAAAUAUACUGUUUGUCCAUUCUGAUUAUGUAGUCCAUUUUAAUCAUGCAAAGAAACAAGAUGAGCGCUAUUUAAAAAAUAGCGAUAUUAAAAUUGUAGAUUUUGGAAGUGCUACAUACAAUGAUGAAUAUCACAGUGCUUUGGUUUCUACAAGACACUACAGGGCUCCAGAAGUUAUACUGGAAUUAGGUUGGUCCCAGCCUUGUGAUGUAUGGAGCAUAGGUUGUAUUUUAAUUGAAUACUACCUUGGAUUAACUGUGUUCCAGACUCAUGACAGCAAAGAACAUUUAGCAAUGAUGGAACGAAUACUGGGACCUUUACCACUCCAUAUGAUUAAGAAAACUAGGAAACACAAGUAUUUUUAUCUUGAUCGGCUGGAUUGGGAUGAACAUAGUUCUGCUGGCCGAUAUGUUAAGAAGCGUUGUAAGCCAUUGAAGGAAUACAUAGUUUCUGAUAACAAGGAUCAUCAUCAGCUAUUUGAUCUUAUCCAAAGAAUGUUGGAGUACGACCCCGCUAAAAGAAUAACGCUGGAAGAAGCAUUGAAACAUCCGUUUUUUGUAGUACAAUUUUAAGCUAAAAGCUUAAGGCUUUAAAUGGAAGGAUUACUAUGUAUUUAUUUUGUAUUAAUCUUGUCAAGUUAAUGUAUUUUAAAAACCCUUUAUGUAAAUUAAAUAUGUACAUUUUUUCUGUAUAUUUUUGGUCACUGUGUUCUAGUGAAUAUGGCAUCAAAGCUGCCUGGAAAAGUGCAGUCGUAAGUCAGGAUGCACUGAAUCCAAGAUUUGCUUGGGGUUAGGCCAAGUCUGUACCCUCAAAGUUUUGUGACUUUAGAGCUCUGGACAACUGUAUGCAACUUUUUUUGUUUAACACAUGAUGUAAUGUGUUUAAUGGUUUUCAAAUUUGAAUAUGCAAAUUAAGGAUGAUUCCUGUUCAGUAUUCGGCUGAAUCUUAUAUGGCAUUGUUUAUAAAUGCAAAAGAAUUCUAUUGUAUAAAGAACAGUUUGUAUCAUGUUUUUACAAACCAUCUCUCUGUGUUGAUUUUUAAUUACUAAGUAAAAGAAACCUCUGUUUAUUAA